AUCUAAUUCUGCAUGUCGCAUCACGCUCUCGCCCUAGCCGUACAUUUUUACGAUAAUGUGGGACGAAGCAGCGAAUGUGUUGAUGAGAUAGAAUGUGCAGGGUGGCCAGAAGCACUCAGCUCGGGAUGUCCUCCCGAAGCGGGUAAAGUCAUGUCCUGCGAAGUUCCCAACACAUCGCAUCAGAGUCAUUCGCGACUUUCUAUGCGAAUCAACCCGAGCAUGUGGACCUCUCGAUCAGGGAAUCUCGCUCCUAUUAAAGAGUCGCAAAGUCUUGCGCAGCUCUAGGCACCACCAGACAUCAACAUUCGCGCCUUUUCCCAAUCGACCCUUCUCUUCCUCACCAAUGGCCACAUCUAUGCUUGAAGAUCAGCUCAAGGAGCAAUACCUAGGCAAGACGCUACACGAUGUACCAACGCCAUCGGUGAUUCUCGACCUAGCGAAACUAGAGGUCAAUUGUCAACGCAUGCUGGACGCUGUUGAUCGGCUCUCCCUUUCAUGGCGUCCCCAUAUCAAAACGCACAAGACUACUCAGCUCACAAGGCUGCAAGUUGGCGACGAUGCCAGCACGCCUGUCAAGUUGGUCGUUUCUACAGUACUUGAAGCCGAAAACAGCGUACCGCUCCUGAAAGGGUACCAGGGCAAGGGCCGCAAGGUGAACGUACUUCUUGGAGUCCCUUUAUUCCCAUCGGGUGUCGACCGCCUUUCCAGUAUCUCGAGCCAGCUUGGACCGGAAGGCCUCGCGCUUAUGAUUGAUCAUCCAGAGCAGCUCUCACUGGUAGAGGUCAUUCGCGAAAGGUCGGGCCACCAGCCCCUUUGCUUCAUGAAAGUUGACGCAGGGUACCACCGCGCUGGUGUGAUCCCCAGUACGCCAGAGUGCGAAUUCCUCGUCGACGCUAUCGUCUCAAGCGCUGAUCGGGGCCACUGCGUCUUCCAUGGCAUAUAUGCCCAUGCUGGGCAAUCUUAUGAUUGUCGCGAAGAUUGGCAGGCUUUGGACUUCCUUACUGCGGAGUUCAAAGCCUUGGAAGCUGUAGCCGCUGUUGUCAGGAAGAGACGGCCAUCUCAGCCUCUGACGCUCUCUGUUGGCGCGACACCUCAGUCGACCAGCUUUCAGCAUCCUGACAUAAAAUCUGACAGCCCGUCCGACCCUCGGGCUGGGCUAGUCUCUGAAUAUAUGCAGCGACUCACGUCGCAAGGCUUACGGCUCGAAGUCCACGCAGGCGUGUAUCCGACGCUGGACUUGCAGCAACUCGCCACCCACGCUCGCGACACAACACUUCUAUCGUCUUCCAACAUUGCCAUCUCGGUCCUGUUUGAGGUCUCAUCACUUUAUCCUCGCCGCGGGCCCAAAGGGACUACCGAGGCAAUGAUCAACGGUGGGUGCCUGGCGCUUGGGCGCGAACCUUGCGCGGAUAUGGGCCCGGAAAAGGGGAAACAUUACAACGGCUUUGGCAUUGUUACGCCUUGGCGUACGGGCAACCCUGAGCCUGGGCAAGCGUUCCCAGCUGUACAUGGCGGGUGGCAGGUGGGUAAGGUUAGCCAAGAGCAUGGGAUCUUACGAUGGAAAGGCCCCCCAGAGGAGGAAAUUGAGUUGAAGUACGGGCAAAGGGUGAGGAUUUGGCCAAACCACUCAUGUGUGGCGGGCGCAUGUUAUGAUAAGUACUUUAUUGUGGAUAGUCGGCUUAAAGGGAGGGAAGAUGAGAUUAUCGAUGUGUGGCCGAGAUGGAGGGGUUGGUAGGUAGUCAGAUGCGUGAGGACUGGAGCUUGAGUCCUCUAAUAAGGUCUCAUGAACGGAAAUAUCUGUCAUUUGCAGUUCUUUGUCUUGAAGCAAUUUUCUAUGCUCAAGGAGGUGGCAAUCUUAGGGGAUGCUACUCUGUGGUAGACGCUGCCACGCUACCUGGUAGGUAGCACUCGCCUUUUUUCUAGUAUCGAUUCAUUCUGUGCUCCCCUAAAUAUACUCUUGC